AUGGCUAUGUCUAAGAAAUUAAUGAAGGCUAUAAUGAUGUAUGUGGUUCUUGUUAUGGUGUUCUUCACACUUGGAACACUCAAGACCAAUGCACAAGAAGUGGUGAUAAGCUAUGAUGCUCUCGCUCAAGAUCAUGCAUGGGGUUGUAGUCCUAAGUAUCCUAAUCUACCUUGUCAGAAAGAAAGGGUCAAUCCUUAG